UGUACAUUGACUUUUGAUAAUAUAAUCAUAAACUGUCAUAAACAAAGGUGAAAAAUGCAAAGUGAGAGUGAAGAAGGAGAAAUUAUAUCAGACUUCGAAGAAGAUUUUACAGAAGAGCUACAUAGUUUGCCUCAUGUUAUAAUGUUUAUAUGUAAAUUGCGUGAUCAUAUUAGAAAACAACGGAAGAAAAUUGAUAAAUUACGAAGAAAACUUAAGGAGCAGAAACAACAAAAUUUGCUCUGUACAAAAGCAUAUAUAGACUGUGGGACUCAGACAAAUCCUUUAGAUUUUAAUAAAUCGUUAUCUCAAGAUUGGGAUGUUAGUCAUAACAUUAAGUCAUCCAGUAUAGUAGAUCAAGUGAAACAAGUAGCAGAAUCGGUUUUAUUACAGACUGGUUUUGUUUAUGAACAGACAUCAGGAAUGUAUUAUGAUUAUAGUACUGGAUAUUACUAUGAUACAAAGCAAGGUUUAUAUUAUGAUGGAAAUACUGGAAUAUAUUACUACUAUGAUGAAACUAGUAAUACGUAUCAAUUUCAUAGUCAAAUCUAUACAGACAAGAUUGCUCCUACAAAUUUUCAAAGGAAGGAAGAAACUGGAAAAACAUACAAGGAUGACGUAAAAAAACGAAAAUUUAUAUGUGACGAAGAGAAUUCAGAAGAUAAAGUACUUGAAGAGGGUGAAUGCUCAGGAAAUGAGAAUGACGGCAUUUCUGACGAAGUAAUCCCUGAUGUAUCUAUUAAUAGCGAAAGUGAUGAUGAAGAACAAGAUUUAGCAAAAAAUUAUCCACCAUGUAUGAGAAUUAUUGUUAAGGAAACAGAUUUAAUAAAAUUAAAACUGGGCUCCCUUUUCCUCGUAACAUGUAUAGGAGGUACAUUAGGCCGAGAAGGAGACCAUUCGGUGUUAAUACCAGAUAUAAAUAUUAGCAAGUAUCAUGCACGUUUUGUGUACGACGAAACCAAGAAGCAGUAUCAAGUAAUAGAUUUUGGUUCAAGAAAUGGUACAUUUAUAAAUGGUAAAAGAUUAUCAGUAGCUAAGCAAGAAUCUGAACCUCAUGAAAUAAUGCAUGGGUCAAUUAUACAAAUUGGCGAAACGAAAUUAUUAUGCCAUAUUCAUAAUGGAAAUGAAACGUGUGGUUAUUGUGAACCAGGUCUUAUUCAACAAAAUUUCAAUCUUGAUGAGAAUAAAACUUCGAAGACGAAACUUCAUAAGGAAGAGUUGCGACGUCUAAAGCAUAAAUUCGGAAUUGAAAAGAAUAAUGUAUCUAGUAGUCAAUUAGCUUUAGGUUAUCAAGACAGAGCGCAAGCUAGGCGACAGCAUGUAGGUUCUUCGGAUCCUUAUGCUAAGACGCAACAAAGUUCUAUUCACACAUCAAUAACAAAAGAUAAUAAAGGGUUCAAAUUGCUUUCGAAAAUGGGUUGGUCUGAAGGUCGCUCAUUGGGCAAAGAUGGAGAUGGAAGGACCGAACCUUUACCUAUCACGUGCAAUCACAACAAAGUUGGUCUUGGAUCGAAGAGAAUGGAUAUUCCUAACAUCGAGUUAAAUUCCAAUAUGGAGAAGAAACAAGCAGUUUGGCGAAAAACACAACAACGUUAUAAAGAAAUAUUGGAUUAAUUUUUUAACGAAUACAUAAAUUAACUUGUAGGAAUAAACUAGUUCAAUGAAGAUGUCU